AUGUUCAAUGUCAAGGCUGCUCUCGCUGCCGGCACGUUUGCUGCGAGCACAGCAUUGGCGCUGCCAGCAGCCACGACCAGCGCAACUCCUACUUCGACCAAUCCAUGUUAUGUAACUCAAUAUACAGCCAUACCUGCCGCCACGGCGUCAUGUACGGCCAUCACCCUCUCGAACAUCCACGUUCCCGGCAAUGAGACGUUGAACCUCUCGAAGCUCAAGACGGGCACAACCGUCACAUUUGCCGGCACGACGACCUUUGGAUACGCAGACGCCAAUUACAACAUGAUUACAGCCGGAGGCACCAACAUCACUAUCACAGCCGAAGUUGGUGCCAUCAUCGAUGGCAACGGGCAAGCUUGGUGGGACGGUCAAGGCAGCAAUGGAGGCAUGACGAAGCCGGACCACUUCUUCACUGUCUCCAAGGCACUCGGCAACAGCGUGAUCAAAGAUCUACACAUCCGCAAUUACCCGACCCACUGCUUCUCCAUCUCCAAUUGUGUUGGACUCGUGCUGGAGAACAUCGUGCUUGACAACUCCGCUGGAAAUGCGCCCAACAACCGAUCCGGCGGGUUACCAGCCGCGCACAAUUCGGACGGCUUCGACUUGAGCUCUUGCAACAACACCAUCAUACAAAACAGCGUUGUGUCAAACCAAGACGACUGCGUGGCCAUCACCUCUGGUAACAACAUCACUGUCUCCGGCUUGGUUUGCACUGGCAGUCAUGGCUUGUCGAUCGGCAGCGUAGGCGGCAAGUCCAACAACAAUGUAACAAACAUAACCUUCAAGGACUCGACUGUGCUCAACAGUCAGAAUGGGGCUAGAAUCAAGAGCAACUCCGGGACAACCGGCCACAUUGCCAACGUUACCUACGAGAACAUUGUGCUGGGCAAUAUCUCCACAUACGGCAUUGAUAUCCAGCAAGACUACCUCAACGGCGGUCCAACCGGCAUCCCAACGAACGGCGUGACCAUCACCGGUGUAAGGAUGUCGAACGUUAUCGGCACCGCGCAGAGCACGGCGAAGAACUACUACAUCUUGUGCGGACAAGGGAGUUGCUCUGAUUUUACGUUCGAGAAUGUGCAUGUUGUGGGUGGCAAGGGCUCGAGCUGCAACUUUGAGCCGUCUGGUAACUUUGUGUGUGCGCCGUAG